AUGGAACAGGGAAUCGAGAGGAAAUUCAUUUUUUUGAUGUCUAUCCGUGAAGAGUUUGGCAGCAUCGUUUUCAAUUCUUUUUUUCGAAGAACUUGGGACACUGAAGAGAGACGAAUUUAUCCGGCCCUCCCCAAUAAUUUCAUCUCGAUUCGCAUCCAAGUGCUUCAAGCAGGAUUUCAGUGCUCCAUCAACAACAGUUGGUUCAAGUUCUUCGAGCACCGACUUCCCCUUUCAAGCAUAGAAGCCAUUACAAUCCGUGGCAGCCACCUCGUUCGUGUACACCUUGACACCGAGGACUACACUGAGGGAGAGGAAAUGCCUGAGGAUGAAGAGUACACUGAAGGAGAGGAAAUGGCUGAGGAUGAAGAGUACACUGAAGAAGAAUAA